UUCGUUCACACCUGUGCUGUUGAAGUGAUCAAGUGUUGUGAAAUGAGGUUCUUCAGUUCUCUUGGGGUUUUAUCCCUUCUUUUUGUGGCCACAUUGGCAGGAGAAGGAUUAAACAUUCCAGAUAAAUUCCAUACAGUGGAAUUUACGCAUUUUUGGCCUGUUGAUGAAGUUAAUGAGUACAUUAAUGAAAUAGCUGAAGCCAAUCCUGAUCAGGUUCAGGUGAUCCCUACUCGUUGGACUCGUGAACUCCGCCCAAUUAAUGCUGUUAAGAUUUCAUCUGAUAUGUUUGCCAAUCGGCCAGUUGUCUUCAUUGAAGCUGGACUUAGGCCUCGUGACUGGGCUGCUCAUAUGGUAGCCAUUCGUGUAAUGCAUGAGUUCUUCUCACACUACUACAACUACUUGGAUGUUCUGGAGGAGAUUGAUAUUGUCAUCAUGCCUGUUUCAAAUCCAGAUGGCUACGAAUUCUCCAGAAAUCAGGAUAGAGGAUGGACCAAGAAUCGUCAACUGAAUGUUGGAUCUGACUGCGUUGGUGUUAGCGUUUAUCACAACUUUGAACCAGGAUUCUACGUUACGCCUGAUCCAUGUGAAGGACAUUUCUCCGGUCCUAGCGCUAUGUCUGAGCAGGAGUCCCGUGCUGUUAACCAUAUUUUGGGACGAUUCAACGUCAUUGCAUACUUCAGUCUUCAAGCCGGUGGUGCAAGGGCUAACUACGGCAACAACAUUCUCUAUCCCUUCGGACACACCUACACUGUACCUGACAAUGAGCACGAUCUCUUUGUAUUCGGUGAUGCUCUCUCGCAUGCUUUCACACAAGCUGGUGGACGCCGCUUCUCUGUUGGUCCUGCUCACAACGUCUGGUAUGAUCCUCACGGCAACAGUCUGGAUCAUGCUGCUCAGGUGAUGAACAUAACAUUCCCCUUCACCAUUGAAAUGCCCUACUUCGGGGAACACGGUUAUGACAUUGUUGAAGCCGAAAUUGAACCUCUGGUUGAAUCAACGCUGCCAGGAUUUAUCUUCAUCGUCAACUUCUUCGCUGGUCGUAUCUUCUAAGACUUCGACUUUUUUUUUUUCAACACAAAAAAAACUCAUUUCUCAUAAGGUCAAUAAAUGGCAUUUUAUUAAUUGAUAAGAAAUGAUACCUUUUGAUUGAAUUGCUGUAUUUAAAUUAAUCCAACAGUGUUGUCCUCCCCUAUCGCGAUGAUAAGAAAACAAUUUGUCAACACCUUAUCGGGAAAAGAAGUAACAACAAAAAAAUGAAAAUUGUUUUUUUUUGUACCUGUGUAUUGCAUCAGAUGGAAAUCUCAAGUUUACAUAAUGUUGGCA